UGAAUAUCGCCUUUACAUCCUGUAACAAAGACUACGUUAUAUCAUACACUGUAUCUAAGGAUUUCGACUCGGAGUUUAAAAGGCGUUGGAAUUGUUUUCAGAUUGGCUAUAGCAUUUGGUAUGGACAUUCCUCAUUCAUUUUCUUGAUUGGACAGUUUAAACGAAGUGUCGUGACGAAACAACGAUAAGAUUUUCAACUAAGAAGUAUGAAUUUUUAAUUUAACGACCGAAUGUGUUUUCAUACUGCAUUUUCCUGUCAUAAUAUGAAACUGAAAAGAAUUAAGCAAAAGAUGCUACUUAAUAAGAAGCUUGGAAUUAGUCGAAAACAGCUGUUUUAUUCAAUUUGCUUGUGUACUUUAAUUGCAUUCACUUCAUUAUGUCUCACAUAUAUCUCAGAAGACUAUUCUCCUGCCAUUAAUGUGAAGUCUUUAAAAAACCGCGAUUUUAAAGCCAAUGAAGCUUCUUUAAUAGUACUAGUUGUGAGCAAGCGUGAUGCAUUUGACCGUCGUGAGACAAUACGAAGAACUUGGGCAUCCGGUCAUGAACAUGUAUAUUUCGUGGUUAGUGAGCUGUACUGUCCCUAUCCACCUGAAAAUCGUAUCAUUGGUACAUGUAACCGGAACAAUCAACCUGCAGUGAAAGAACGCAUUCAAUAUAACAUAGACGAAGAGAGGGAAAUUACGGAGAGGCUUCGUAAUGAAUCAAACGUUGUGUUAUUACCUAUUACAGACGUCUUUGAAGAAUUGCCUAACUUGAUAAAAGAAAGUUACCGUUGGGCCCUUAGAAAUCAUAAUGCGAAAUGGUUAUUACAUGUGGACGAUUCAUUUAAUGUUCAGGUACAUACAAUUAAAAACUAUCUUGUAUCUAAUUUUGACACAAAUGAAAAUAUUAUUAUGAUGUUAUUAAUACAAUGCAUAUCAUCGUUGAAACAUACAAGUAAGCCAAAUUAUCUGACACCAUUUAAGUGUGCGUUAAAUCAUGUUGUUUCGAGAGAAAUUGCUGAAUACUUAGUGGAUGGACUGGAUGCAGUAUUUGAAUAUAAGUACAUAGAAAACUCUAGCAGCAUACAAGUUUUGGAUACACCUCUGAUAAAAUCUGUUCAUCGAGAAGAGUUUGGUAUGAUGACACAUAAUGGAGGAUGCAGUAAUACAGCAGCUAUAGUGCUUGAUUUGUGUAUUGAAUAUAACAUGAAUACUUGUUUAGACGGCACUACUUAUUCACUGUCGGAAAAUCCUUCCGAUUACCUACAUUCGGAUAGAUUUGACCUAAUCCCAAAAAUGGUUUACGCCUAUUUUUAUGUUUUUAAAAAACAAGUGCCAUAUGCAAUCCGAGAUGCAUAUUUAGAACAUAUACGUGUGUGGAAUAAUUUCAGAGAAUAUUGUGGUAUGAAAGAAAUCUGGUUUGAUUCAAAGGUUGCAUGUAAAGAGAAAGACGGCAGUUCUGAUUUCAUUUCAUCGUUCCAUAAAACAAUUGAAAAUGUAAAAGAGUUUGGAUUUAAUCCUAAUAUGUCAAGGAUUCCAGUUGAUAGGGAUGGAUUCAUCAACAAUGGUGCACAUAGACUAGCUUCGAGUGUAGUUUUAUCAAAGGAAGCAACUUUUGAACAUCACAAAUACAAAGAAAAUAGCGGUUGGGGCUAUAAACAUUUUAAACGUCUAGGUCUGUCAGAAAAUUCGUUUGAUCUGGUUUUGUUGGAAUGGAUCAAGAUUCAGUUGAAACUGCCAGAUUUGAAUACAUUAAUUGAUAUUGUUUCGGUAUUUUCAAACGAUAAUAGUAAAGAUGAGAGAAUGCGAACGAUUGUCAAAGAACGAUGUUCAAAAGAUAAUGGUAUUGUAUAUGAGAAAUAUGUAACCAUUACAAGAGGAGGAGCUCGACAAUUAAUUUCUCAUAUGUAUGGACAACAGCCGUGGCUGGAAACGAAAAUUGAACACAUGCUGUCAAGAUUCACACACUCAACAUUUACUGUUUUGUUUUUAUUCGUGUAUACGAAAAGAAGUACUGAUCUAGUUAAGUGUAAACAUGAAAUAAGAAAACUUUAUAAUGAUAAAAUAUUCAAAUCAACCGCUCAUAUACCAGAUUCAAAAGAAGAAAAUCUAAUUUUAGCGGAAAUGAUACUUAAUCCUAAUUCUAUCCAAUUCCUCAAUUACGCUCACAAUGCUCCUGACUGUAAAUUUAUUGCAAAAGAAAUAGCAAGUCGUUUUUCUACUGCACCAAUAAAAACAUUGCCUGGUAUAUAUAUAGGUACAGAUGACGUCAUGAUUGACUCGGGAUCAGUGCUUGGAUUUUUUGAACUGCGUAGACGUACAGACGUAGACCUUUUGUUUCUAAACGGCAUUGAUAAAUCUAUUCUUGGAAAUCAUAAUGGAAUAUCUAUACAAGCUCAUGCUUUUAAAUUUAAUUCCAUUUCCAAGGAGCGGGCAUGGGGUGAGGACCAUUUUAGUACCACAGGGCCGCAAAAUCAGUAUGAUUUAUUUUAUGACCCUCAAAACUAUGGCUACUGCUAUGGUCUUAAAUUUGUUUCAUUAAAACAAUUAGUGAGGUAUAAAAUGCAUCGCAAUGAACCGAACAAAGAUUCCUAUGAUGUCGCCCUUAUAAAUACACUUUUGGAUACACUUAGUAUUCCAAAUAAAUGUCCGAACCUGCACGGAAAAUUACUCCAUUCAGUAAUUGUAUAUCUUACGUAUUUAUUGUAUGCUCGUUAAGGUAGUUAUGCACCUUCGAACCAACAUUAUUACAGGCACGGAAAGUAACUUUUGGAGGAUCUACCGACUUUUCGCAAACCAGCUUGACAGUUCUGUAACAUUAGCCCUUACCAUGCUGGACACGAUGCGACCAGUGUAGACCAAGAUCAGCCUGCACGUCCGUGCAGUCUGAUCAUGGUCUGCACCGUUCGCUAUUCAGUCAGUAAAUUUUCAGUAAACACCCCAUGAUAAAUGGUACUGCCCAAAUUGGAAGAUGGACCAGUCUAUUAUAGAAAUUUAACAUGUAAGGGUUUAAAGGCUUUAUUGAUUUGUUUUAAUAACUAUUUAGGAGAACGUUUGAUUUGAUAUUACACUCGGACAAUUCAAACCAAAACCAAGAAAUUAAAGUACAUUUUACACAAUUCCUUCCCAAUCGUAUAUCCAUAAAACAAGUAUCAUUGUUUACCCGGUAGGUUAUCUCUCAGUACAAGUUUAACGUUUCCAAAUAAUCUCCAUUUUCCAGUAAAGCAGCUUUUAUAUUAGUAUACAAAAAUGUACAUGCACGCAUCCUAUCAAGGUAUAGAAAGGACUUAAUCAAAGAAGAUACAGAUUUCUGGAAGAUUAAUUAAUUUUCAUUCAGUCAUAUGCAGUUUACGUAUUUAUUGGUUCCGUCCAGUAUUUGUCCUUAAAAGUGACAAAAUUAUUUCUAACAGUCUGAAUGUAUUUUGUUUAUUUGUGUAUUUACAUAACAGGAUAUUAAAUCUCAUCGGUCGUCAUUCGUCAACUGGUUUCCUAAAACAGGUUCUUUCCAUUAAUAGCUACUAUUUGAUCCACUUUCCAUUCACAAGGUUUUUACUUGGUUUAUCUUUAAAUGUAGGACAUUUCCAUUGAUAUCAUACAUCGUUCUAAAAUACUUUGAGGGUAGUAAUAGGAUAUUUUCACAACAUAUUGACUAAAAAAAUCGAUUUUGGUGGUGUAUUUUCAUUUUCACUUUGCAGUCACAUCUGACAUCAUUUUUUGAAAGAUUUAAUUGUGACUAUAUUUUUAAUCGGAUUGUUAUAAAUUUGUCAUUAUAUCUAAAGUAACAUACAAACAACAUAUUUCAUGCAAAGAUUUGAUUCUGUAUUUUUUAAAAUAAUGUAAUUUCUAAAAUUGUGAUUGUGCCCUGAAUUUUACAAUAGAAUAGAUACAUACAUUUUGUAUUUGACCAUUAAAAAAUUAAAAAGAAAAAGAAAAUCCUUAUACCACCCUAGGACACCUUUACUAUUUUAAUAGUUUAUUUCUGGAUCUUAGAAAAAGCCAGAAUUCAAGAAAAAAUUACAGACAGAAGGUCGAUAUCUGCACCAAACUUGAUUUGCAGUUUCCUUAUGUGAGCCGUUUUAUUUUUUGUAAUUGAUUUGCUCCAAUGUACAUAAAAGCUGCCCACCUCACUAAUCAAAUUAACCCUUACCCUGAUAAAUUUCUAUAUUGAACUUAUCCAUCUUUCAAUUUGGAUAGUACCAUUUACUGUUAAAAGGGGUGCUUACCAAAAAGAUACUGACUGAAUGGCGAACAGUGCAGGUCAUGAUCAGACUGCACGGAUGUGCAGGCUGAUCUUGGUCUGCACUGGUCGCAAUGGCAGAAACACUUGCCGCCAGCAGGCUAGGGGUUAAAAACAGCCACAAAACGCUGUAUUCAGCAUCAUCAUGAACCUCUAUCACAUUUGUAUUUGAUUUUAUUCUACUGCACACAGAUAUAUCUGAAUAGACGAAAAUAAACAACAUUUAAUCAACCUUAUCGCAUGGACGCACUAAAUUUCGUCUGUGAUACUGUACUUGUCUGCCCAUUUAUCAUCGUAGAUCAGUAAUAGUGUGCACUAUAUUUGUAUUUGUUUGUUUAAUUAUCACCCUACAUAUGUUCCUGUGUACAUAUUUAUCAUCCUACAUCUGUGCUUAGUUUCUUAAAUAUCACCCUACCUGUGUACUUGUGUGCCUACUUAUCAUCCUACAUAUGUAGUUGCGUGAUUCUUUAUCAUUCUAAAUCAUUGUUUGUACCGCCUAUUUAUCAUUCUACAUAGGUACUUGUUUACUUAUUAUUUAUCAGCCUACAUAUGUAUUGUUUGUCUCUUUCAUCAAUCAGUAGGUGUUUGUCUAUUUAUCAUCUUACAUCUGUACUUCUGUUAUCCUGCAUGUAUGCCUAUUUGUCAUCCAACAUUUGUAUUUGUGUUUCUAUUAUUUAUCCUAAAUCUAUAUUUGUGUUCAGAGUGUGUACCAAAGAAUAUGUGAUCUAUUGUUUAUCUACCACCACAAAGCUAUUUGUUUGUCCUUUCGUCCGUCCACCAAUUCGGCCAAAACAUUCCAAAGGGAUUAUGCCUUUACAUCAUCAAUAAGUUGACUACUAACAUCACUGACCAUGUUUAAAGCAAAAACGUGCAGUUUUCCAUCUUUUUGUUAAAAGGUUGAGAAAACAAAUCUCCAAGGCUAUAAAAACAUUUAGUGUCGGGCCAAAGGUCGGAUUACCGGAAACAAAACUUUUUAGGCCUUAUAUGUGUUUAUACAUGUUUUUGGCUCUUCCUCCAUGAAUGUAUACCACUACUUUUGAUAUGGUUCACAUGUAAACAAUGUGUAAUGUCUAAGUAUUAUGCAUUUUAAUUGCAUUUUGACGGAGAUUUUAUUGUGAAUCGUACAAUAUCCAUUUUGAAGUUUUAAUUCUGUAUUAAAGACUUAUCUGUGGGUUUUUAUAUAGGCAAAGAAGGAA